UGUGUUUCCUCUAAGGAUUUUUUGUCCUUUUCUCAGCCUCGUGAAGCUCUCAUAAUCCAGUUUACUGGCAAGUGAAAAACAAACGAGCCACCCACAAACGUCUCCUCUUUAGCGCAAAAGAUGACUUGCUCCAACUGCACCGCCGUCACUCCCUCCAACACUUUUGUGGCUUCUGGCAGUAGCCAACGAAGUCUCCAGCAAGAACCCGUCAUUGGCGCUGAACUGCGGGUACCCCUCUGUCGACUACUUAUCAAUACCUUGGAUUUGACGGGGUGCCCUGCUUGCCAAGUUCGACGCCAACACCCUGAAGCGCAACCUCAUGCACUUCGUCAGGAGCAACCGAUAAUGGACAUAAACGCCGUGCAAGCUGCGCUCCAGGAUGUUUUGGACCUGAUUGACGGUGAGGAGUUUUAAUAAAGGGGCUUGAACAUGACAAUGUCUGUUCUAGGAACGUCUCAUCCGCAGGGGGCGAUCAAUAGUUCUGACUGUACAGCGGCCCAUUGAUCGCAGCACCCACACCGACAGCGCACUUUUUCGACACAGCUUUGGAACACGGGUACUAAAGUUCUGCCAAUCCAUCCACCAAGUCAUCUUGCAUCAAGCAAAAUGCUUGUAUCACUCCUACUUCUUCUUGCUAUACAUUAACAUACACUACACUAAAGAACAUAAAGCACCAUAUCAAACGAUUGU